AUGUUAGCAACAACAGCACCAAACUCGUUAGUCAUGAACCCAACUUCAAUGUUAGUAGAGAUGAAAAGCUUCAUUCCUUCUUCAUAUACUUUCGAAACAGAAAUCCAGAAGAUAAAGCAAGAACUUCUCCAAGGAGAUUUAGACUGUAGUGCAAAAGAUGAAACAAAUGAAGAAUAUCUUUAUGAAAUGCAGGAUAUUAUUGACCAUCUACCUAAACUUCCUGAAAUACAACAACAAAAGCUUACUAUUCCAGAAUUCGAUGAAAUAGAAGUCAAAGCAACUGACUCAGUAGAAACCAAGAAGUUCAUACGUAAGGUAAACUAUGAGUUUCUUGGAUUUCAUUGCAACCACAAAGUCAUGGACAAAGACUGCGAUAUGGUAUAUAAAAAUGUUUCUGACAUAUACAAAUCUGAAGAAUUUAAG